AAUCACAUGCAACGCCUCCUAUGCCUUCGCGCAAAUGCCUGGGGAUGAGGGAACUGUAAAGCUGUCAUUGCCUUUGGAAUACCAACAGGACAUCUUCCACGAGCUCCGCGAUGAGGAUGAGCUACUUAUCCUCGCACCCGGCUUGGGAUUGCUCAGGAUAGUGACGAACCUUCUGCACUCCUACGAUGUUGCCGGCAACAACCUUAUACUACUCGUGGGUGCCGAUGACCGCGAAAAUGGGUGGAUUGGCGAAGCUCUCGCAGAGCACGCCGCCAUCAGCGCAGCGCCGAAAUGCAGAGGGCUGAGCCUCGUAAAUACCGACGUGAUGAGCGUCGGGGCGCGGGAGAAGAUGUACUCGCAAGGUGGGAUGUUCAGUAUCACAUCACGGAUAUUGAUUGUAGACUUUCUAUCCGGCCUCUUGGACCCCGCCAUCGUCACUGGGAUGGUCGUGCUACAUGCGGACCAGGUCGUGGCAACAUCGUUAGAGGCGUUCAUCCUCCGUAUCUACCGCCAGAAGAAUAAGGAUGGGUUCCUCAAAGCGUUUUCGGACCGACCUGAGCCAUUCACUAUGGGAUUUUCUCCGCUUUCCAACAUGAUGCGCAACCUAUUCCUUAGGAAAUCAUCCCUCUACCCAAGAUUCCAGGUGUCUGUUGCAAAGUCUCUAGAGGGCCGCAAGAAAGCAGAGGUCAUAGAGUUUGAAGUCUCAAUGACGGAUGACAUGCGAGUCAUCCAGAACGCGAUUCUCGAAUGUAUUGAAGUCAGUAUCGCAGACCUCAAGAGGUCGAAUCCAGGCUUGGAUGUGGAAGAUUGGACGGUGGAUAGCGCACUCCACAAAAAUUUCGAUUCCAUUAUACGAAGACAGCUUGACCCUGUGUGGCACAGGACCUCGUUCAGGACUAAGCAAGUGGUUCGAGAUUUAACACUCUUGCGUAGCCUCCUUCAUGCUCUCAUAACAGAAGAUUGCGUGAACUUCAACAAAUAUCUCGACACAGUACGAGCGGCCACUGCUCCUGAACCCGGUUCUUCCCGCCAUUCACAACCCCCUUGGCUAUUUCUCGAUGCGUCGAAUACAAUCUUCGAGACUGCCAAGCGACGAGUAUAUACAGGGAAACUCACCGCCAACCUUGCUCCAACGGGCUCCGACAGCGCCCUUCACCCGGUUCUCGAGGAGCAACCAAAAUGGGGGCAACUUGCCGAGAUCUUGGAAGAGAUUGAGACGGACAUGUUUUUCAACCCGGUCCCCGAUGACGAUUCUAAUCGAACAACCCUAAUCAUGUGUGGUGAAACCAGUACGUGCUCUCAGCUAAGAGAGUAUCUACAGACGAUGUAUUUGCGAGCAGACGAAACCAAUGGGGAGAACGAAGAUGCUAAUCCGGAGGCCUCAGCUGCGUUCAUGAUGAGGCGAAAAUUGCGCAAUUAUUUAAACUGGAAGAAAGAUUUCGCAAGAGCAAGCACAACCCUGUUCUCGAAAGAUGCUCAAGGUGCGGCAUCGAAACCAUUGCCGGGUAAAGCGCCUCCCAAUAAACGAAGGAGAGUACGUGGCGGAGCUUAUGCAGGGUCAAACUCGGGGAGACAGAGCUUUGAAACCUCAGUCACCGCGGGGGAUCGCGAUGCUCAUAUUGCAAGUCUCCUCGCCGAACUACAUCCAAGCGAAGCGGAGUCGCAGCAGAAAGGAGAGAUCGGCGCUGAUCCGCUCGAUGACAUGGACAAGUACUACGAACUGUAUGACAUGAACGACCUGGUCCUUGUGCAUCCCUACGAUGGCGACAUGGAUGAGCACAUCCUCGAAGAGGUCAAACCACGAUAUGUAGUGAUGUUUGAACCGGACGCCGCAUUCAUUCGCCGAGUGGAAGUGUAUCGGUCCUCCCACCGUGACCGUAACAUCAAGGUUUACUUCAUGUACUACCAAGAUUCGGUGGAAGAGCAGCGAUAUCUAAGCAUCGUUCGUCGAGAGAAAGAUGCUUUCACCAAGCUGAUUCGCGAACGUGGGGCGAUGGCCUUGACGCUGAAUUCAACUGCCCCUGAAGAUCCGCAGGAAGCGUUCCUGCGAACCAUUAACACGAGGAUCGCGGGUGGCGGACGGGUUGCUGCGACGGCUGAACCCCCACGGGUUGUGGUUGAUGUGCGCGAGUUCCGAUCUUCGCUGCCUUCACAACUUCAUGGUCGCUCCAUGGAGAUUGUUCCUGCCAUGCUAACAGUGGGAGACUACGUGCUGACUACCGGCAUCUGCAUCGAGCGGAAGAGCAUACGAGAUCUAAUCUCCAGUCUUAACAACGGUCGCCUCUACAACCAGGCUGAGUCGAUGAUCAAAUACUACAAGAACCCAAUGCUGCUCAUCGAGUUCGAGCGAGAAAAGGCGUUUACAUUGGAGAUGUUCUCGGACCUCAGUCUCGGUGGCCCCAGCGCAGGGAUGUUUUCAAAGAUCGGAGAGCCCGACCUUCAGGCGAAAAUCGUCAUGUUAACGAUUGCGUUUCCACGACUGAAAAUUGUCUGGAGCAGCUCGCCGUUCCAAACUGCCGAGAUCUUCGAGGAGUUGAAAAGGGGUCUGGAGGAGCCGGAUCCAGUGAAGGCAGUGGAGGCUGGCCUGGAUGUUCUGGGCGGAGGCGAUCCCGAGUCUGGAACGUACGCGAGCACCCCGGGAGAGAUGUUGAGAGUCCUUCCUGGCGUCACGGAACCCGUGGCACAGAGGCUACAGUUGGAGGUUGGGAGCAUCACUGAGCUUGCGAAUAUGGGCGAGGACCGGAUUGCAGAGCUGGUAGGGAAAGAAGUGGCAAGACAGAUCGUCAGAUUUUUUGAGAGGAACGUGAUCGAUGAGUAGGGGGCGCGAGAAUCACAGGUCCGCUUAAGCAUUACUUCAACUGAGUGGUUCUGGACGCAGGUCCUGUUCCAAGAUGUCUGCAUACCUAUUAUGUAAGCUCUGUGGCGGGCAGAGGUAUUCCAUGGCUGCUCCCGGCUAAAUAUUGUACCUUGUCUACUGAAGUCCCCCCUUUCAGGCUAGGAUACCCACGCCGGAAAUUCCUUGUCGUAGGGGUGCCCUCACAUUGGAAUUUGGAAUUUGGAAUUCGAUAUUCGAUACGGAGUACAAACAUCUAAAUUGGGGCAAGUAUAUCAAUGCGUAGUUUAUUUAGGAACAGUGGGACUCUCCUUGCUGUUUGUUCAAUCUAGAAAUACACUGGGGUAUCACGCAGUUAGCUACGGAUUGGAUGGC